GCAUUUGAGAAUGAAGCAUCGGUGUCCACUGUACAUAAAAUAAAGACCCUCCCAUUAAUCUCUUUGCUGUUCUAUAAAGUCUGUUCUUGCUUCUCAUUCUGUCCAACUACCUUUUCCAAUUGCUGUAUCAGUAAACACAAGGAGCGGCUCCUAUAUCCUUUUCACCUUAAGAGAAGCAUUGAUGGGAUUCGACUUGGUACCUUAUUCUGUAUGAGGGUCUAUAAUUUCUUCUAUUUUUUUAGUUGAGUUUCAUAUGCAACAGAAGGAAGCCAUGGGAUGCAGUCUUGCUCAAUGAAGUCGAGUAGAAGCUCAUCGGUUUCUACAACCAGUCUCGCUGCUGUUGAAUCCUUAUCCAUGCCUCUCUUCCAGGAAGUUGUUCUCUCAUCUGAUAUAACGUGUACUGGAUGUCAAAGCAGACUAGCGGAAAUGAUGUCCAAAAUGGAUGAUAUAGAGUCUGUUGUGGUGAGCGCUUCAGAGAAGAAGGUUACACUCAUAUGUAGGUAUCCAAGUACUGCAGCAGCCAAGCCGCCAGGUCGGCUAGUUCCUGUGGUACACAAGAAUCCUCUUAACAAAUUUGCCUUGAUUAAACGCAUACUUCGUUCUUCCUCGAGUUGAUGAUUACAAGCAAGAGAAGACCAGCACUACAUGAUAGAUAUAGCAAUGUUUUUUGUGCUCUGACUUUGAUAUAUGUGCCAGAUUUUUUCUACAUUGAUCUAUAGUUGAUAUGUGCAGAAUCUAAUGGUAACUGGUACAGUAAAAUAAGGGAGAUACCGGGGAUGAUUCGGGAGGAUCUAGAAAGGAUUUGAAUGUUGUUUUUGUUUGGAAGAAAAAAACUCGUAGAGACCCUUUUCGAAAGGGACCUCAAGUUUUUAUA